AUGGCUAGGACAAGAGGAGCUCAUCGUGGUGGCUCAAGUUCUUCACAUGCUGAGGCUUCUGAGCAAGAGCCUAGGCAGAGACCUACUGCAUCUGUUCGUAGAAGAGGUAAGGGUCAUCAUACAGAGAGUGGUCCAUCAUCUCAUGGGGAAGGUGGUUCAUCAACUAGUCAUGGAGAAGCUAGUCCAUCAUUACCAGUUCCUACUGAUAUUCAUGAGGAGCAAGAAAAUAUAAUUCAGCAUAAGGAGGUUGUUGCCGGGCAGGACCACGAUGUUUUAGGAGGAUUUCCUGGAGGACCCGAGGAUACAUCUUUGUUGACCGGAUUUGCUGAUCAUGUGGCAUGUGCUAUUUGGGAUGGCCAGGACCGAGUGGACAUGAAGUUAGUGUCCCAUGGCAAGAAAUUGAAAAGAUUCGGAGUUUGUCAUGCAGCUAUUCAGCCAUUUGUUCAAAAUUCAGGGUUGAUGCCACUAUGUGAUAUAAUAUAUGAAUAUCCUGAUAAGGGUCUGAUACUAGCUUUUGUUGAGAGGUGGCAUAGAGAGACCAGCAGCUUUCAUCUUCCUUUUGGAGAGAUGACUGUGACAUUAGACGACGUCUUUGUCCUUCUCCAUUUGCCUAUAGUUGGAGAGCUUUUAAGCAAUGAAGCAUUAGACUUCGAUGUUGCUCUUCAGUGUGUGAUUGAUCUUUUAGGCGUUGAACGGUCGAAGGCGUCAUCUGAGUUGAAUCAUUGUCGUGGUCCUUAUGUAAGACUCAGUUGGUUGAGAGACGUCUACACUGAGUGUUGUGACAAUGAGCAGUGGGAGUUUGCGGCACGGGCGUAUCUACUGCAUCUUGUUGGGUGCACGAUCUUUGUGAAUAAGAGUGCUACCUCCAUCAACGUCUCGUACCUCAAUCUGUUUGCAGAUCUGCAGUCUUGUGGAAGGUUUGCAUGGGGAGCUGCUGCAUUGACACAUCUUUAUGAGCAGCUUAGCGAUGCCAGUCUUGCCCACACAAAGCAAUUAGCUGGAUAUCUUACUCUUUUACAGAGUUGGAUAUAUGAGCAUUUCCCAGGAUUAGGAAGGAAGCAAGUACUGGACAACUAUGAUGAACAGAGACCUCGGGCGACGCGUUAUGUGAUACCGAGACUGAAUUGUACGUUGCUUGAGGUUAGGGCACAAUUGGAUGCACUUACGUACGAUGGGGUCAUUUGGAACCCCUACGUAACACAUCGGGUUACUCGUCCUCUUAUGAACAUCGCUCUAUUCUGUGGCUUCAUCCGGUUGGGAGAAAUUGUGCACCGUCAUCUGCCGGAUCGUGUCUUGCGCCAAUUUGGGUUUAUGCAGCAUAUCCCGAGGUCUCCACUUUCUAUUGGUGAUUUCAGCUUAGCAGACAUUGAUGCUCGAUGGAUUCGCUUUGCGGAUCAUGUGUUGAAAGGUUUGCUUCCAGCUGUACCUCCUUAUUCUUGUGUAGACGGCUACCUACAGUGGUUUAGACAAGUAUCUCAUCCGUAUAUUAUUUCGGGUAACCAUGACGAUCGACCUACUUUAGUGCCCCGACUUCGACGACAUGUACCAGAUGAUCUACCACCGCAGAGGAGAUCACCCGAUUCAUCAUCCGGCUUAUCUGGUGCUAUUAGACGCAUGAUUUCCGUCUUACAGAGGAUGGUUGAUUGUCGCGAUGUGACUGAGGGGACAGUAGCAUGGGAACACACUAAUGAGGCGUUGCGGAUAGGUCGUCAGGCAGUUGAAGAAUAUGGCAGUAGUAAUAGAGGAGGUCGAAAUGUGCGAGGGAGGCGGUCUAGUUCUGGAUAG